UGUUUCCACCAUCAUCUUCCUCCUCCUCCUCCAACAAUGGCUGCUUCUGCAACCCUCUCAGUUGUAUUGGCCCUAGCUUGCCUUUCCUUCACAUUACCUUCCCUCAAUGCUCAAUCACCAGCUGCUUCCCCUUCUUCACCUACAUUGCCUACUACUCAACCUCCUGCAGCUGCAGCAACUCCUCCUACUACCGCUACACCACCACCAGUGGUGGCCUCUCAGCCCCCGGCAACUCCUCCUCCGGUGACAUCACCGGCUCCCAAGGCGACUGCUCCGGCUUUACCACCGCAGACUCCACCUCCUACAACCCCACCACCAGCAACCCCACCACCUCAGACUCCACCCCCCACAACCCCACCACCAGCAACCCCACCACCCGUCUCUGCUCCUACAGUGCCUCCACCAGCUCCAGCUUCACCCCCACCACCAACGGUGGCCCCUACGCCGGCGCAGACACCUCCUCCGGCUCCUGUUCCGGUUAAGGCACCAGCUCCGGCCCCAUCACAGCCUCCACCAAUGCCAGCCCCAACACCAGUGAUAGAGACACCAGCACCUGCUCCGUCUAAACACAAGAGAAGAAGACAUAGGCACAAGCACAGACAUCAAGCUCCGGCUCCGGCACCAGCAGUUGCUCAAAGCCCGCCGGCCCCACCUACCAAGGCAACAACAGAGGAUACACAAAUUACACCGGCUCCAUCCCCUAAUCUAGAUCUGAAUGGUGCAUCUUCGUACCUGCAUGAGGGAAGAAAGUGGGCCAUGUCUGGAUUUGCUGUUGCCAUUUUGAUAGGCAUUCUGAUAUAGUGAAAAUGGGAUUCGCUUACAGAAAGUUGUUUGGUUUUCAAAGUGAUGAAUCAUUUUCUUAUGUAUAGGAAUGAAUAAUGAGCUAUUACACCUAUUUGGCAUUCUUUCUUUUUCUAUUAUUGUAUGCAUUUGUAACUUGGGUUGCAUAUUUUAAUGAAAUACGAUUUUUUGAAUCAGUCAA